AUGUCGAAGGCGGUGCUUUGCACCCUCCUAGCCACUGCCUUCGUCCUACUCAUAUUUUUAUCUCGAAAAACAAAAACAAGUCCCAAAGAUUAUGGACCUCACAGCCUAAAUCGGCGCUUGGGUUAUAAGCUUACACCUCCAAUUUUCGACCCUCUCGUUGCAAAAAUGGAGAGAAUGGCUGAGGAAAAAGGGAAUGGUAAUCAGGACUCCAAUAAACCUGAGGAUAUGGAUGAAUAUUUCAACCAUGAUGGGAGACUAAACAUUACCUUGAGGUUGAUGGUAUUGUUUCCUUUUCUAGACACAGCACCAAAGGAUGGAAUGAUCGAUUCUAAGGAACUUGAGGCUUGGGUUGUGCAACAAGCAAUUGAUCGAUUGAAUUAUAGAAUACAGAGAGAAUUGGCAUGGCGUGACAAGGACCGGGAUGGGGCCAUUUCCUUCUCCGAGUAUCUCCAUCAGUUUUCCGAUGAAGACAUUGAAAGAAACGAAAUGGGGCAUGGUGAAGCAGGAUGGUGGAAGGAGCAAUUCAUGAAUGCUGACCUUGAUCAAAAUGGAACUCUCAGCUUCUAUGAAUUCAGAGAUUUCUUGCAUCCAGAGGACAGUAAUAACGAAAAAAUACAGAUGUGGCUGUUGAGAGGGAAAAUGAGGCAAAUGGACCUUGAUAAAGAUCAGAAACUCAAUUUGUUGGAAUUUCAAAAUGGGGCUUAUGACACCUACAAAAGCUACCUUGAAUUUGAAAAUGGCGGGGCAGGUGCACCGGGACCUGAGGAUGUAUUUGCCAAGCUUGAUGUGAACAAGGACAAAUUAUUGAGCGUGGAAGAAUUGAAACCCAUACUCCGGUACCUGAGCCAUGGAGAACUGUCCUAUGCUAAAUAUUAUGCUAGUUAUCUGAUGAACGAGGCUGACGAGAAUCGAGAUGAGAAGUUAAGCCUUAAUGAGAUGUUGAAACACGAGUUUAUUUUCUACAACACCGUCUAUGAUGAGAGCAGCGAUGAUGAUGACCACGAUGAACUUUGA